CAAGCCGCGCGCGUUCCCUCUCCGCCUCACCGUCCUGUCGCCGCGAACGCCGCCGAUCUCGCACGAACGCGGCGGACCAGUCCGGUCCGAGCUUUCCUUUCGCCUUGCCGCUCUGCCUCUCUCGCCUCUUUCCGCCUCUGCCACGUACAGACGGAUCAAUACACAAAUCCGGCAGUGAACUCUCUACAACUCGACGCCGUCGUACUUAGAACAAAAUUAAAUAAUUCAAAAACGCCAAACGUGUACGGGUCGCGUAACGAUAGCAAAACAACAUAACAACCAUCAGCGCCGCCGCUACUGUUUUUGGUAUUAAAAUUCAUUGUGAUAUUUAGUAUUUGCGUCAACAACUACUUGUAAUCAAACGGGAGCGAGCGGCGGUCGCGUGCUUCGACGACGAGCCCGACCGUGUGUGCAGUGUGCAGUGACGACCCACCGGCAGCCCUGCGGUCCUACUCGCAGUCGCUGGCCGAGCCAUCUCGAAUUGUGCUCGCGUGUGGAUUAAAUCGCAGAUCGGCGAGACGAACAAAAAUCAUCGCGGUUCCAACCCGGAGCUCCGCUGCUAUGACCUGUGUGUUUUUCGGGCUGUGGACGACUUGUGUUUCCCCUACUGUUUGCCGUCGCCGCUAGUGGGCAGCGAUUGAGCGAGGCUUUUGCGCCUCACUAUAUAUAUCUCUGGCUGGCUAGACUGACAUGGAGCACUAGUAAGAUGCGCGCCCCCGUCCCCUCCGAGCCGAACUACACAUUUCCUACCUACCAAGUGCCUCAAGUGUCAGCCAUGAGGGGCAGCGCACCCCCAGUACAAGUCGCUCGGGCAUCAAGGGCGGUUGGAGCCGAACCCCCUCAAGUGUCCCAUCGCGUUCCGGACGUGAACGUGCCAUCUGUGAUAACUGGCUCAAGUUGCCCCGCCGGCAACUCUAAUCUUAGGAUGCAAUCUGUGACCGAUAAUUGUCUUCUGAACUCUGUUACCGUACCAAAAAUACAACGUAACGUAGCCCACAAUAAUAGCGAUAAGUUAGCAUGUAAGUCUGGUGCUUUACUCCUUCUCGGACAAGACAUUCCCGGCAACCAAAAGGCUGAUAAAAUACUCCCCGGACUGACUACUACACAGUACCUAGAUCACGACGAUGACACGACGGCAACCACGCCGAGAGGCGGCUACUACUCCUACGAUCGCCUCGUCGCGCUGAGCAUGUGGACACGGUCGCUGGAGCGCAGCGCCGUGCCUCUGCCCGUCAUGCGGCUGCUUGGCGGCGGCGAGAGCUCCAUCAACACCGGCACGUCCGGCUGGGGCACGCCGCCUUCGCAACAGGCCAGUAACAAUAAUGCAAAUACCUCUAGUGGCUGGGGCACUGCCAAUCCUGCCAACCAAAACAACGCGGGCACUCAGCAGUGGAACAAUAACUCCAAUCGGCCCCCAAACUCUGGCCCUGGCAAUACUAAUCAAGACGCGAACAAGGCCAAUUCCAACUUACCAACGAACGGCCAGCCGCCGAACGGAUCUCAAGGCGGGAGCGGUUGGGGUCCAACCCCGAAAGCCCAGCAGCAGCCGCCACCGCAGCAAGCGGGUCAGGCAGGCGGCGGCGUCGUGGGCGUCGUCGUCAACAGUCCAGCCACAUCGAACGCCAACACUACGAAUCAGAGCAACGCAACUCAGGGCCAGACGUCUGGCAAUUCGACAAAACAGCAACUCGAACAACUGUCAAAUAUGCGCGAGGCUAUCUUCAGUCAGGACGGCUGGGGUGGACAGUACGUCAAUCAGGACACAAACUGGGACAUUCCGGACUAUCCUGAACCUGCCAUCAAGCUGGACGGAGGCGCCGCCAGCAGCGGCCCACCAUGGAAGCCCCCGGUGAACAACGGCACUGACCUUUGGGAAGCCAACUUGCGCAACGGUGGUCAGCCGCCACCGCAGCCUCAACAGAAGACGCCAUGGGGACAUACGCCAUCUACGAACAUUGGCGGUACCUGGGGCGAGGAUGAUGACGUUUCUGACAGCAGCAGCGUUUGGACAGGUGGUCCCGCUGGUCCACCACAACAAUGGGGUGGAAAUGUAGGCGCAAACAACGCCAGCGGCAGCAGUGCACCGCAUCUCUGGGGCGGUGCCAAGAAGGAAAACGAUUGGAACACGCCAACUAGCGGUGGGUCCGGCGGCUGGGGUGACCCACGCGCGCCUGAUCCACGUGCACCUCCCAUGGAUCAUCGCGAUAUAAGACCAGAUCCACGCGAAAUGCGCGCUGGUAGCAACGAUCAGAUGCGUCUGGUUGACCCACAACUGCGAUUGCCCGUUGGCGAUAUGCGCGGUGAUCUGCGUGGCAUCACCGGCCGUCUCAACGGCUCUGGUGCUGAGACAUUCUGGCCGCAGGGUGGCCCGCAGGCACCCGCACAUCACAUGCAUCACCAGGGCAAGAUGCCGGUCGGACCCGGUGGCAACGGUGGUGCCGGCUGGGAAGAACCCUCGCCGCCUUCGCAGAGACGCAACAUGCCAAACUACGAUGACGGUACCUCACUCUGGGGUAAUCCUCAGCAAGGUUCUCACUGGAAAGAUCUGCCCACAGGGGGUGGUGGUGCAGGUGCUAUGCAGCGCGGGGCAGUAAAUGUCAACGGUCCUCCGGGAAUGGCUCCAAACGCAAGGCCUGGCAUGAAGCCACCAAUGUCUGGUGAUGGCGGCAGUGUAUGGCGCAAUGGAACAUCUUGGGGCGAGGAGCAGGGUCCUGCCGGUGGUUGGGAAGAAGGUGGUCCCUGGUCUAAGCCAAAGGCAAUGGGCGGCGGAGGCGGUGCACUCUGGGCGGAAAACGAUAUGGACUGGAGCCAGAAGCAGGGCAACAAGCAGCACAUCAGCAAGGAAGCCAUCUGGGCAUCCAAACAGUUCCGCGUGUUGAUUGAUUUGGGCUUCAAGAAGGAUGAGGUUGAAAACGCGCUGCGUUCCCGCGAUAUGAGCAUGGAGGAAGCGGUUGAGAUGCUGAACAGCUCGCGCAUGGAGUGGUCGCGCCGUCACGAUGAUCACUACGAUCAUCAGCAGUUUGCUGGACGUGGCGGUUUCCAGGCUGGCCCCUCGGGAAUUUUCCCGCCUGGCAGCGGCACGCCCAACUUGAUCAACAAUAUGGGCGGUUCGUCGGGCACGAACAAUCCAUUCAACAAUAUGUCGCCUGCAGUUGUACAGAAGAUGCUCUCUGGUGGCUCGCAAGGCUUUGGCGCUUGCAGCACCGGUAGCGGCGGCAGAAGCGCCGUUCCCAUGCCGUCCAAUCCAUCUACCGCGCAGUUGCGCAUGCUCGUGCAGCAGAUCCAAAUGGCCGUCCAGGCCGGCUAUCUCAAUCAUCAGAUUUUGAACCAACCGCUCGCACCGCAGACGUUGGUGCUGCUCAAUCAGCUGCUGCAACAAAUCAAGCAGCUGCAGAAUUUCUCCAACCAGCAGAGCCUCGCUCAGAAUCAAUGCAUUGGCAGCAGCAAGUUGCCGAACAUGGUGCAAAACCUCGCGGUGUUCAUUACAAAGACAAAGCAGCAGAUCACCAAUCUGCAGAACCAGAUUGCAUCUCAGCAGGCCAACUAUGUGAAACAGCAGCAGCAGCCGAUGCGAGGCGACAGCGACAUGUUCAAGUCCAACCCUCUGUCGGACGCCAUCACACUCCAAACUAACUUCAACGAUCUGAGCAUCAAGGAUACUCAGCAGACUCAGCAGCAAUCGCGUCUGACGCAAUGGAAGCUUCCAAAUAUUGACAAGGAGGAAAGCAGCGACUUCAGCCUCGCGCCUGGCUCGACUAGAAAGCCACUUGUACCGUCGCACAGCUCACCCAACCUCAACCCACUCGGAUUGUCGCAAGCCAAUGGACCCUGGUCGACCGUCGGCCGCGGUCGCGGCGAUUCUGGCUGGCCCGACAGCACGCCGGGCGAAAACAGUGACCUCAAGGACGCUCAAUGGCCAACUGAUUUAGUACCUGAAUUCGAACCCGGAAAACCAUGGAAGGGUAACCAGAAAUCGAUCGAAGACGACCCAAGUAUUACGCCCGGCUCUGUGGUGCGCUCACCGCUCUUGCCCGUCCUGAAGGACGAACCGUUCAACAUACCCAGCAAAAGCCCGCCGGCCGACGAUAACGCAAUCCAGCCGUCGACGUUCAGUCUUAGCUCGUCAACGUGGAGCUACUCUUCCUCUCUGUCGAACGUGUUCACUAGUAGUCCACAAAACAAGGUUCCCACCACGAAGGGCGUCCUCAGCGACUUGACGCCUACCACUGCCGCCAACACCGGGCUGUGGGGCGCUCCAAAGGCCGGUCCUCCACCGCCACCAGGCUUGCCCACCAAGGGCGGUAACCCGGCCGUAAACGGUUGGUCUAGCAACAUUGGCACCUCCGGUGCAAGCUGGGGUCCGUCGCCACGCUCGUCCAAUUGGAGCAACUCUGAAUGGCUGUUACUACGUAAUCUCACUGCACAGAUUGACGGAUCGACUUUGAGGACACUCUGCAUGCAACAUGGUCCUCUAAGCACCUUCCAGCUGCAUCUGCACCAGGGCUUCGCACUGGCCAAGUACCAAACCAACGAGGAGGCCGCUAAGGCUCAGUCCGCCCUCAAUAGUUGCGUUCUUGGUAAUACGACCAUCGUCGCCGAGAACCCCACGGACUGGGAGGCCACCUCGUUGCUGCAUCCAGUCGUCAGCAACCAGGGCGGGUCGGGCGGCGGAUGGCGCGGCGCCGGCAAACAACCCCCGCCACAGUCACAACAACAGCAGCAGCCGCCACCGCAGCAAUCCCACACGGACAUGUGGGGCACUGGCUGGUCCAACACCCAGUCGGGCAGCCUGUGGCCCUCCACGCCUCUCGAUUCCGCCGAGCAGUCACGCGGCACGCCGUCGAAUCUACAGUCGUACCUCCCCGGUGAUCUAUUAGGCGGUGAGUCCAUCUAAGCACACACAUGUACGCUGUUCAUAUCUAAACCAAUCCCGCGUUCGAACAAUUCGGCGCGCCGCCCUAGUGGCCGCUCGCACAUCGCCACUCGAGAACAACACGACUAAUUACUUUAACCGUUGCGCUUUAAUGAUAAUUUUAUUCACGAGAAGGCUUAAUAAGGAAAUGUGUUAUUAUUUUUAAUUGAUUAAAUAAUUGAAAACGCCCUUAAAAACGAAAUUGGUACAAUUCAUACAUAGUCAAGAAGUGAAAAAGUAUUCGUUUAGUUUUUACUGUUUUUUUUUUUCUUAUCUAUAAUUUUAGACUAACCGAUAAUUGAGUUAGCGGUUACGAUACGAAAGAAUUGAUUUUUUUUUCUCUUUUAGUAUGAUAUUAAAGUUUUAUAGAGUUUAUUUUGUUAGUUUUAUCAUUACUAUUUGUGUAAGGACUUAACGUUAGAUCGGAGCGUACGUGGCGUUCAACACCGAACAACGGCAUGCGCAUGCACAAUGUCUUAACUAUCAAUACGCCAAAUAGUAUCGUAUCGACAUAUCUACGAUAUCACAUAUUUUCCAUAAAGAUAACGAAUACAAAGAGAAGCUGGCGCGCGUCCAUCGGCUGGCGGGCGCGAUGGCGACUGCGACGCAGAAGACAGACACAUCUUUCAAUGCUCAAACAUGUGUUAAUAAUAAUAGUUGAAACGUAUGGAGGUAACGAAUGCUUAAUAUUAAACGAGACGCUAGUCCCUCUAAAUGAAUAAUAAACAUACAAAAAUGAAACACAAAUCAAGAUCGAAAUCAAAGUGGUGCUUCCGCCAUUUGUUUUAUUAUUAUUAAUUAACUAACUAAUUCAUUGUCUGUCGCUAUUAAUUUGUGUAUUAUUCUGUUUCUAUGUUAAGUGAGUUAUAAUAGGCAACGUUAAGAUUUCUAUAUUAAUAUUAAAUUUUAAUCUAUAAGAGAACGCAACGUUUCGUGCCGUGAUGCGCCCGGCGCGCCGCCUCCACCUGUACACGGGCGAGGACGACCCCGUCGGCGGCGGGCCGCGCCGCGAUUCGCAGCGACACGCACGGAAGUACCCUCUUUUUACCUGUGAUCUCCCUUUCCUAACGUUAUGCAUUAAAUUUUGGCGUGGCGUGGCGUGACGUGGAUGCUGGCUGAGUGGGCGAGGCGAAUGUGAUCCGUAUCGAAGUGGCGGACGCCUUGGAGGAGAGUCUCUUAAGAUACCUAUAUUUGUGAACAUUUGUGAAUAUAUUACCUAACUGUAAGACGCGAACGAAGUACACAAACUAAUUGCGGAUGGAAAUUAACACCACAAUCAAUAUUUAGACUGCACGCUACUAAGAGAAGUAUUCUUUGAUGAGUAAACUACUAAAAGUAAUUGAAAACCUAGUAAAAUAAGUGUUUAAUUAAUAAUUCUAAUUAAAAUAAAAUAUUACUGAUGGCAUAUUAUAUAUACACAUAUAUAUUAUAUAUAUUAUUAUAAAGAGAUGCAAGUAUAUAUAACUUUAAUAAUAUGAAUAUUUAUUGAUUGACAAAUUGAGAAGCGGACGCAGGCGCGAGGAGCGGAGCGCGCCCCCUCCCCAACCAGACUGCGCUCGGGGGCGGCUCGCAUCGCCGUACUUCUUAUUCGGUGUACCAACCAACGCAACACACGCCACCACACACACCACCCACACACACGCGACGUUAGCCAUUCGAGUCAAACACACAAAUAAUUACAAUUGGGUCUAUAAAUGGAACAUUAGGGUUGACAUAAUAUCUAUUUAAACAAAAUCUAUUUAAUAUUUAACUAACCUUAAGCAUAUUGACGAAUAUAAUAAAUAAUUUGAGUAAGGCGAUGAAGGAGUAAGGAAGAUGAAUUAUUAAGAAUAUUAAGAUUAAACAAUAACGUUAAGUGAUUUUUAAAUGUGCAUAACAAGUAAAGUACUAAGUAAGUAAGCGGAGAUGAUAUGAUGAGGAAUCGUAGUCUGAGUGUAUUAGCUAAUAAGGAUCUAGACUUACGGGCGUAGUUAUUGCAUAUUAAGUAAUUGUAAAAAUAUAUUAUUUAAUAAGAAAGAAAAAUGAGAAAAAUGCAAAAAAAUACAAAUGCUGUGAUUCCGUUUGAUUCGAAAUGACGUUUCGGUCACUUUCGCACGAUUUCUCUCUCAAAGAAAACGCGCAAAGCCGAAGGCAGCGUCACUGGAAUAAAUCGAACUCGUACAAUCACACACUUCAAUGUGUUAUAAACGUGGUGUUCAUUGCAUAUUUAAACUUUAAAUUAACCGGGGACGUAGGCAGAAGCAAAUGAAAGAAAUGAUAUAUAAAAAAAAAGAUGAUGCUGAACGCGUCGAUACGGGCAAGGCGAGCGCGCAGAAAUAGAAGCUCGCGCGGCGAGCCGACAAAAAUUGAUUAUUAGGUAUUACUAAGCUUAAUGUGAGACAUUAACAAUUAUGUAUUAAUCGUGGAGUGGAGUGGAGUGCAGUGGAGAAGAGCGGGGCAGUAGGAGAGACGGUUUUUAUUUGCGGUGGGUGGAUGAUCUUCCCUGCGCCGGGCGCGCCGCGCGAUCACACAACCAAGGGACUAAACAAUUCAUCGUACCAUGUGUCUCGUUCACACCGACCGAAUGAGCAUUUCUUUCGGUACAGAAACUAUAAGUAAAGCUAACGCAAACACUAAAAUUAAGGUUAUCUAGUCUUCAAAGAGUGACAAAAAUGCAUUUCGGGGGGACACUUCAAUGCUGGCGCGACGUUUGUUUGUUACCUGAAUUCAGUUUUCUUUAAACAGUCUCGACACGGAAGACGACGGGCGGUCCGCGUUCGUUCGCGCCGCGAUGUUUAAAGGAAAUGCACAAAGACUGAGGACUGUAGCGAUUUAAUUAUCGACUUGAUUUCUUGAAUUACUACUUAAGAGAGAGAAAGAAGCGCCGAGAUUGUCGUCUCAACUCAUCACCAAAUUCCAAAUUUGCCGACCACAGUCGCGACACUAACAUUUUUAGACCAUUCUAGCGUUACAUAGAGUUACAAAAACGGGAAUGCAAACUGAUCGAGACAUAAGAGGAAUUAUUACAAAUAAGAUGAAAACAAACAAACAUGAAGUAUUUUAUUGUACACAACUAUGUGCUGUGAAUCUUAAGUGGCUUUUUAAUUUAUAAAUUUAAAAUAUUACAAAAAUAAAAAAAAAAUUGAAUAACAAGAGUAAUUAAUUAUGACGAGCAGAGGUGGAGCGUAACGAAGUAUGUACUAGUUAAUACACAUCUAAAAAAAGAAACGCGACCGUCGAUCGGAGCGUGCUGACCAGCGUGUGGGCAUUCGCGGAGCUUUCAUGGCGUAUGAUAUUUGCCUAAUGAAACCAAAUAGUCACCUAUAAUCACUAAGUCAUAUCGUAAUUGCAACAAUAAUUAAAUACUAAUAACGCAAAUGGACAGAAGAUAGGAUGAUAAUAUUUAAAAUCUAUAUAUAUAUAUAUAUAAAUAUAUAUUAUAUCUUGAACAUAACCAACCAACCACCCACACCCCCAUUCGGCAAGGUAGUCUUAAGUCUCUGUGUGUACUGUUGUGUACUAUUUGUAAGUGGCCCGCUCACACGCUGCGGCGGCAGGCGCCGGCCGCGCGCGAUUCCUAUUUACAAACCGACGGCGAGCAACACAAACUAUAUCUGUAUAUCUAAUCAAUCUUCUUGUCUAAUCUAUGUUUGCCAAUUUAGACAGUAACUUUAUUGAAUGUAUUAGUCGAUAGGUAUUAUUUUUAACGUGAAGAGGAAUCUAUUGUCGCGAGUAAUAUACACUCGCCAUGGUAAUUUUAAUCAUAUAUUGGUAUAAGGGUAUAAAAUACGAAUGCGAGCGAGCGAGCGAGCAGCAACCAAACUGAUGAACGCGACUUGUGACGACCAGCCGCCGCCCGCGGCACUCCGACGACGACGACGACAUGGGCCACGCGCGGGCAGGCGGACGCGGGCGCGCGAUACAAUCCGCCGCCGACGCCACCGCGACGCGCCGCGCGUAAUCUGACUCCGUUUCGGUUUCUAUACAGUAUUUGUGAUCCAAGUGCCACUUGUGUUUCAAGUAAAUUUCGAAUAAUAACAAUAAAUUAAACAACUAAUAACUAUGCGUAGCAUGCAGAUAUACACGCGGGCCGAGCCGGGCGCUCGCGCCGCCACUAAGUACAUAAGUUGAUCAAUUACAAUUAAUAACAAUACAAAUAACAAUAACGUUACGACUACGACGGCAUAUCCGCCUUAGGAAUUUGCGAACGUGCGGAGGGAACGAACACACAACAUCUGGACGCAUUCUAUACAAUACAACUCUUAUAUAUUUACUAUACAACCGCGGAAGGAACCUUACCAAAGUUAACAAUUGACAAUUGCAACUGCUAUUAACAAACGCAUUGUGACAAAUGAUACAAACAUAAUUAAAUUUAACUGUCUAAAUCUAAACUAAUAACAUAACGAAGAUGAGAUUAUAUUAAAUUUAUAUAAAGAAUCGUUGUUCGGUAGAUUUGUAAGUGUGCAGCAAACCUAUACAUACAUACAUACAUACAUAAUACAAUACAAUACAAUACAUACAUGAUAUAUCUGUUGGUAGACAAAUUUAUAUCUAACUAAUGAUUGUACACAAAUCGUCUAGCGAAAAUUUCAAAUUACUCUCGUGUGAGUGGAAACAAACAAAGGCGGAAACAAACAGUGGCGGAGGGGGAGAAAUGAAGACAAUUCAAGCUUUAACGUAAUUACUUAUUAGACAAAUUUAUAUGGAAAAUACCAAAAUCAUCGAGGAAUCUAUCACGAUCCGAUUGAUUGACGCAAUAAUAAUUAAUCGCUAUCGCGCUUCGCACCUCGCGCAUCUCUCACCCAGCGCGGCGAGGCGCGGCGGCCGCACCACAAAAGAGAAUCAAAGUUCAAAGCAGGCGAGCGGAGCGGAGAGGCGACACUCGUUGGAUAAAUGCCAAAGUCCAUCAAGACUGUUAAAUAUCGAUAAUAUUUAUGUACGUCUUUAGUUUAUGUCGAGCCAUAUCAAUGCGAAGAUCCAGUGUUCGAGACUUGCAAUGCACAAUUACGACCCUGUCGUCGCGAGAGCAGCGCUCCGUUCAUUUCGCCGCGCAGAGACGUACGCGGGCGCCGCCCCGCCCACAUUCGAAAUUCUAUAUCACCAAAUACGAACAAAUACGACUCCAUCGAUUCUUCGAUUAGAUUUGUAUUUUAUUAUACGGAAAAUUAUAAUAAAUGUUGUUAAACCAAAUCACCAAACACAAACAAACCCUACAAUUAAAUUAAUGAACUACAUGAUGUAAUGAGCUUUAGCUUUUAACGACAUAAGAUACAUACAUAUAUUAUAUAAAGAUACACGCUAGAGAUAAGAAAGCUAUAUUCAUUGGCGCGGAGAUGGGUCGUCGUGGGCGGACGAGGUCACGAUGGAAGAAUAAUCAAAUAGUCGAGAGUUUUAGAAAUCUUAUUACGACUUAGCCGUUUAUUUUUGUGGUAAUACUAUUGUAAUGAUAAUGACUAAUUGAUAUAAUGACUUAUUUAUACACACACACAAAUCGAUGAGGCGCGUAGGCGUAUGCAUGCAUAGGCGUAGUGGACGAGGAAUUACACUUAACGUUAAUUAUCGACGACGACGACGACGACGACGACGACGACGACGACGAAAUGCACCACGCACGACGGAGACGAGCAGCGGCGUAGUGGUUGAGCGGUUGAGUGGGCGGAAAGGACAAAGCGCGAACGAAAUGUGCCUAUUCUACAUUUUAAUGAAUAUUAUGAUGACUACGCAUCGCGUGAUUUAACUAUUUUGGUCUCGGUCCGGUCUGUGUCUUAGCCAACCUGGACGGAAGCGAAGGAACAUCGAAUUUACGUUUGCUCUCAGUCGAAACCGAACAGCAAUCACACAUCGAAUACACACGAAUCAGUAACAAUUGAUGACGAGAAGAAGUUUAUGGGAAUCUUGCUUGCGUCGUAUUCAAGCAAAAAAAAUCGUAGCUUUAGGACACUAAUCGUAAGUUCUGUCGGGUCUACGCUAGCUAGCUAACUAACUAACUAACUUACCGUGCAAUAUGUUCUUCGACUCGCGUUUCCGAACAAGUAUUAUUCCAACUAGUGUCCCCUAGUGUUAAGUAAUUAGUCCCCACGCGAUGACGCCAGCGACCAACUAUCGACAAACUCUUCACCUGAAGCGCUUGAUUCUUGCCAUCCCCGAGCAUCCAUACCAAAGACAUUGUUGAAGACAAGAUGCACACUAUCGAGAUGGAACAGAUGUGUCAUAUUUUAUCGAUUCGAUUCCAGAAUUUUAAUAAUGUACGAGUAAUAAAAUGAAUUUAGUUACGUGUUUAUGAUUGCGUUUUCGUACGGUUAAUUAAGUAAAUGAAUUUAAUGAAAUGAAACGAGAACAUGUCCGCCAAAUUCUUCCAACUUGUGGUUGUGAUAAUAAAACGCCCUGUUUUAAUUACAUGUAUAAUUACGAUUAAGCAUUAAGUGAAUUAGGUUACGAUCUGACAUAAGUAAUUAGCCGCGAAUAGAAUGUAGGGUAGAAAGACGAUGAUGAUGAUGAUGAGAAAAGAAGCAGCAGCAGGAGCGGUGGAGUGCGCUUUCCUCUUUUCUGGGCCGCGCGGGCGAUUGCAGCCGCACAAGCAAGCAGCGCGCAAGCAAACGACCGGUCAUUGGAAGGAAUAGUAGAUUUUAACACGAUUGUAAAAUUUAUAACCCUAAGGAAUCAAGUGCCUCGAAUUUAUCAAUGUGCAAUUUUUCGACCUCGGGCCCGACUUAGACGCGUAAAUCACCAGAAAUUACAUACACUUGUGUUGGUUUCCCACCUUCCGGGGCGAGCGCGCGCACGGAUAUCGAUUGUACAAACCGCGGAUGUAGGAACAAAAUUGUAACCAUAAUUACGCUAGUGAGUAACAAAAUUAAUAUCGUAUCGUAAGGUAACUAAUGAAUAGGUAUCGUAUGUAAACUGUGUAUUUGAACGCCUCUUCUCUGGGAGUUUUGCUCGCCACCGAAAACCACCACCCACCAUCAAGCGAGACGCGAUGCGCGACCACCGACGAAUCCAAAAUCUAAUAAUUAAACAAAAUAAAACUAAUAAAAUCAGAAACGACAAAACGAAAGGAAAAGAGAGAGUCAUAAUUCAGCUGAUGGAACUGCCAACCUGUUGUAUAAAGAGUUUUGCGCCAGCGCGCAAACAAUGUGUUAUUAAGUAUAUUCGAGUUUAAAGAAGUGAAAAUUCAACAUGUGUACAAAGAAUAGCGCGUAGGGUAAGCAUAGGGUAAAAAACGCAACACGUAGACGUUCGAGGCGCGCGCGCGCGCGCGCACGUGCGACAAUUCGUUUGCUUUCCCCGCCCAUCCCCGCGACUGCAAUAGCCGACGAGUUAGGUUAGGCCUUUCGAACUCAGGUUUCAUUGAUUGUCGAAUAGUAGUGAGUGCUUAGCCGCGGCGCGCACGUGCUCCCGUUUGCACCAGCAGCACCUCUUCCGGGUUUAGGUUCGAGCAUGAGGGCGCGCGCGACAUGUGAUGACUUUGUGUUCUGUCUAUAGACUUAUCGUUCUUAUCCGACCCUUUUUCCGGUUGUUCGUUCUUUCUUCGUUGUUCUAGAAUUGUUUUUUCUUGUACAUUCCCGACCCGCGCACCCGCACGGCUUACACUUUACUCUGCGCGGUCUGAGGACGAGGCGAGCUUGUUUUCUCACACACAUAGAAAGACUGUAGGGCUACCAGGUGAUCGGCACCGCCGUGCCAUGCGCGCCAGGUGCCGACGAUUGAAGAUAUUUUAUUAAGCAUACUUACAUUAGGCUUUAGUUUCGCUAGGAUUAUGUGUUGGCUGAGGAGGAGGAGGAGGAGGAGGAGGACGAGAAGGAUGCGCGGUUACUUACUUGGCGAGGCUCGCGAGCGAUCGGCACCGCGGCUCCUGGCAGGACGCGAUCGAGAUUUUAGUCAACCGCUGUUUAGUUUUAGUUUCCGACGAUGUGCCAAAUUCGAGUCGACGUUGUUUUGCGUUGAAUCACUACGAUUAGAUCCAAUUCCACAGUCGCGCACUUGAUUUUCUCGUUAGAUCGACGUUAGUGUAUUUACGAACAUCAAAAGAAUGUAACAAAUCGCGUUUACGCUUAUACUGCUGUGUAUUUAAAUAGUGUUACUACUUAAAAUUUGUAAAAUGGUGAAAAUGCAAAAAGAAACAACACUUGAGAUAUGAAUAUCGUGAUGACUUUUGAAAUUAUUUCUAAUAUGCAAUAUUUAAAUAACGUACAUGCAUUAAGUAAGAAACGAAAUACUAACAACUAUGAAGACAAAAUCGUUUAUAGAAAUCGUACAGUCUAAACUAAAAGAUAUUCUAUAUAUUUAAUAUAAUUGCAUAUUACUUAAUUAGUGAAAUAAACCGUAGCAUGUAAGUCUUUACGCUUAGACGAAUUAAUAAGAUAAGUCCAAAUUAUUUAUAAAUAUGACUAGGCUAAGAGUUGUAAGUUGAAAAAAAUAUGAAAAUGAAUAAUAAUAAGCAAGAUUCCUGAAACUUAACGAGGCGGCCCGACGCCGGCAACAUUCGGGCGACGGCCGCCCGGAUACCAACAAAUAAUGCGACGACAAAGAAAACUUCAAAUCGAUAAUAGUGACUAAAUGAGCAAUACAUCUAUUAUUACUAUAUCAAAAUCAAUGCAAUUGAGAUGAUGAUGAUGAUGAUGAAAGAAAAAUUACAUAUAGAAGCGUUACAUAUUUACGGAUUAAUUAAUUGCGUUCGACAUGAGGACUAUAACAGAAGCAAAUCAAUCUCUCGCAAUCGAAAUAUAAAAUAUAAGCUGAUUGACGUAGCGCGCUGCAGAGCAAGCCAACUAUAUAUUUGUCACGAUUAUGCGUGCGACGUGUGCGAAACAAAUCUUAUCUAGUUUUAGUAGGUUAUGGGUUGAUUAUAAACAUAAGCGGAGAAUAUUAUCCGGUUCGAUUGUUUCAUUUUAUUGGUAGCAUUAUUAUUUUACGAUAAGUGUGUUCAGUUAUUUCUUUAAGCGUCCUAAAAGAACAUAUUCUAGUUAUCGAUUCACACAAACGAGGGGGAGCGAGAGUGAGAGAAAGGAGUUUGCAGAAGGGAAUAACGUACGUUCGAAGCAAUUUAUUAGUUGUAUCUAGUUACCAGUGCAAACACGAGAACAUAGGCAACAGCUAGACGGCUCGAAAAAGCGGAUUGAACAACGUAAUUAAGCAUCACACGAUUUUCCAAAUAUGACUGUAUCGUAUUAGGGUGUCUCUACUCGUAAUUCUUUUCUAUUGCUUCCUUCCUCAUUUCAUCGCGACGAUCGCGUCGCGCGACACUGACUUCAAUUGAGAAUCAAUGGCCUAAAAUUAUACGCAGAAACAAAAUGACGGCAAACAGUUCCCUCCCUAAUGAAUCUAGUCCAUUACUGAUCAUACAUUUCGGAAGCGUUGUUUUAUCGUUAGUAUUUCUAUUAUUCCUAUUUGCGACCGAUCACCUUAUGUAAGUUUUUUUUUCUUGUAAUUCCAUGUUGAGAAUCGUUUUGUUGUACUGCGAAGUCGUUGAUUGCGCAGCCCGCAAUGGGAUGAUGAUGAUGAUGAUGAUAUACAAAAUGCAAAUGUGAUAUGUAACAACAUUGACAAAAUAACUAGGUGAAUGAUAAUGCUAAACAUGAUCUGAUUGCUUUGCGAACAAUGCGAAAAGCGUUGGGACUGUUUGACUUGAAUCCCGAAUCUAAGUAGACGCGCGAGAGAACUACAAUGUAAAGAGAACAGCAAAUAAUUUACGAAGGAAAUUAUGUUAAUACGACUAUAAUUCAAUGUCCUUACGGGGGGGGUAUACUCAGGGACCAGGCCAAAAUGUCACGGUGAUAUCAAAAAACAUUUAGACAAAAAAAAAACGAGAAAUUACUUUAACAAAAAAACACAAAAAUUAUUAAUUAAACGAAUCAAAUAUUAAUAAAGUGAAAAUCGCGAUUCAUACACAAUACAAAAGAAAACAAAUAAAA